AAUUUUCUCCGUAAACAAUACAUACUCUCUAAAAAAAAAAAAAAAAAAAAUUGUAAAAAUAAGUACAGGAACGUUUCAUAUCGAAAUGGGUGACAAGGUCCAUCGCGUUAUCGUGUCUCUAACAGACACAAUGCACAAGUUAUCUAGCAGUAACAAGAAUACGCCGAUCGAUAGCGAUGUCAAGCUGAUGGACAAGACCACAUUGCUGCUGCGCACGCGGAACGGUACGGAAACGAGCAAGUCGGCACGUUACUAUCAUCAGCUUCAAUUCGACGCUGUGGGCUAUGAGGACGAUCGGCAUAUGCGGCUAGAGCUGAGCGAUCUGCUGGAGCAAAUGAUUCGACAGCAGCGUCCCGGUUGUAUGCUAAGGCUGACUCCUCGUCGCUCGCACAACAUUAAGCUGUUGACGCAUCUGCUGGUCUCCGACUUGGACAAGAUACUGGCCAAGCUGCCUUACCAGCUGCUUGGCAUCAAUGUGGAAUACUAUGAUGUUCGCAAAUUCGAUAUGAUCAACAUGCUGUUAAGCUCACAUCGAGGCAGGGCACAGAGCAGCAAACGAACGAUGCAGACAACGCGUGAGAUGUUCCAAUGGCUGCAUAACGAGUAUGCUGUGCUGCGUGCGCGCGCCACUGGCGACGAUCACAUCAAUGUGGAGUUUGUUCUCGCCGAUGGCGUCAAUAAGUCGCACCAGCUAUUCCUGUCGAUCUAUAACAUCUUUGACUGCACCGAUCGCACGGACAUAAACGACUUCUUCAAGGCACUUUCGGAAGGCAGGCGCAGUAAGAGCACGCUGCUUACCGAUUGCAUCAAGGAGUCGUUUGAUCCCAAGCGACCCACGCGCACCUUAAUUACGUGCGAGAUGCCAUUGGACAAGGAGUCCACAUGCGAGAUACACAAGUUCCUACACCUGGCGAACUUGGUCUACUCGAGCAUUGGUGCCAGCCACGAGAGCACCGAUACGCCCAAGGCCGUCGAUUCCAAGAUAAUAGCAAAGGUGAGCAGCACCAGCAGCAGCAGUCAUUCAAUGGAAUCGUGCAAGCAACCCUCUCAACUUGGCUUGAUCAACAUACCGUUCCGUGCGCGUCCGUUGAACCUCUCCCAUGAGGACUAUAGCAAAUUGGCCUCUUGGUACCAUCGGAUUGACACGAAGUUUUCGGAGGUGAAGCUCAGCAUGGAACGCCAUUACAAUGUGCAGUAUCGCCAGAAGUUUUUGAAAAUGUGUAAACAGCUAAACUCCUACCGGAUCCUCAACGACAAGAGCGGCGGCGAUGCCCACGGUGUGCUGAUGAAGAACAGCAGCAGGGAUCUGGUGGCGGCUGCCAACUAUGCAGAGGCACUCAAGCAAUUUCGGCAGCUCGAGCGAGAGGUGAAAAGAUGCCAGUUCUCGCCCACCUUGACAACAUAUAUGAGCACCAAGAACUACGAGCUUCUCAAUGCUGAGGAGGCUUUACAGCAACAGGAGAUAACAAAUUUAAGAGAGCACAGAAGUCGAAUAUAAAAUGAUCAGAAAUCUGGGCCUUUCUUCUUGUAGAUCACCGUUAUCUGUUCACUGCCCAAGCAGAUAUGUUCGCAAUAAUGGACCAAUGGAUUUAUGGAUUCAAACAGCAAUCAGUCAAAAGUGUCGCAAACCUAACUAAAACUUUGGA